CGCGUACCUUGUGGGUUUACGGUGUCUCAGUGUGCGGCGGCUUGUGGGGGCUUGACAUGAUGGUUAAAAGGCGGAGGGGCUCGCUGCUGCGCGAGAGCAGGUAAAAGCAACGUGAAUCAAGUCUAACAACUUGCAGACGUCGCGGUGUAACACUAUUCUUAUCCUUCGAGCGCGGGCCGCACAACACUUUCAUUCACUUCUUAUUGACGAAUACGUCGCAUUCGCGCCGUAAUUUGGGGUCGAACAGGAUUACUACUACACAGUCUUAUCGGCCGCCCCUCGCUCACGACUGUCAGCUUUGCUCUCUGGCGGACUUCUAGACAUAUCAUACUACAGUCUUUAGCCAAUCGAACGGUCGACGGCCAAAAUGUUCGUCGCGACUAUCAAACUCUUCUCUUUCCUUGUAAACCCUGAGUUUUGGACCAGAACCGGCUUCUUCGUCGGCUACAUUCUCGCCUUCCUCCUUGUUCUAGAGGUCGUCCGUCUAGCAAGCACAGAUGCCAAUCGCAAAGAAGUGGAGAAGAUACUAGACGCGUAUGCCGCGUCAAGAAACGAUGUGCCUGUAAGAAGACGCCCAGAAGAAAUCGAGGCGAAGAAGGUGGUGCAGGUAUCUAUCGACGAACUGGAGGACAUGGAGAGAAGAAGUGUGGCAGCAGAGAAGGAAAGGACACAACAACUACAAGGAGCACGAGAACGGACACGUACACCUAGCCCUGCAGUGGCUCGGACGCCAGAAACCAAGCAUGGUGAGGAGAAGCACAGACGUAGGGCGACGUCUACCUCUGUAUCUCCCCACACCUCCUCUCAAUCGUAUUCAAAUCCUCAGACCUCUUCCUCGAGUCCAACUCGCCGUCUAAGGAAGCGUAGCGAUACGCUCAACUCCUCCAGCAGCGCAGAAGUCAGAGGUGCUGCUACACGGAGACGCAGGGAGACUUCGCCUACAGAGACUAAGACUCGGGAGUCUAGGCAUGCGAGUCCGACGCUGAGAUCAAGAAGUAAAGAGGCGAAGAUCUUGGGUGGUUCGUUGGGGAAGAUGCUUAGGAGUAGGGGAUGAAGUCAAGGGAGAAGUCAAAUCGCAUCUCAGGCGUUUGUUCACGCGCGUCACUCAUGACUUUACGAGGGAUAUGUAAAUCUGAAAUG